AUGUGGACAAAGUUGCCCGUUGCGCGUGGUGCCGAGUUGGAUUCGUAUAGCGAUCAGCAUGAGGAUGAAUGCCUUCACGGCACUCGAACCGACCUUCUUCGCAACGUUGCAGAGUGGGCAACGUCACCUGACGGAAAAUGUAUUUUUUGGUUGAACGGUAUGGCCGGGACGAAAUCGACUAUUGCCCGGACUGUCGCGAGAUUCUUCCCAAGAAGCGAGCAGUUGGCAGCGGCUACCUUCUUCUUCCAAAAGAGGCGAAGCAGACCGAGGUAA